GGCAUUCGUCGGACUUGGAAACGUUUGCUGGAUGGUCACUGCGGCAUCGUGAAUGUCAACCACCGCGACUCCAGGUUUAAGGAUUUGCCAUGUCAAAUCGCUGCGGUUGUUCCACCUGGUACAAGGCAGGAUGGUGGAUGGAAAGCUUCCGAAUGGGUGAGCAGAGAUGAUGAGCGCAAGAUGGCUCGAUUUGCCCAGUAUGCCAUGGCAGCUACAGAUGAAGCACUUGAGGAUGCGGGCUGGAAGCCUACUACAUUUGAGCAACGAGAAGCUACAGGAAUCUGCCUGGGAUCAGGUAUUGGGAACUUUGAUGAGAUUUAUGAUACUGUUGUUGCAUAUGAUAAAGGGGGCUACAGAAAGGUGUCUCCUUUGUUCGUACCAAGACUGUUGAUUAAUCUCGGCGCCGGUCAUAUUUCUAUGAAGUAUGGGUUCAUGGGAGCCAACCAUGCGGCAACCACUGCAUGCACGACAGGAGCGCAUUCCAUAGGAGAUGCAGCUCGUUUUAUCGCGUGUGGAGAUACAGAUGUGAUGGUAGCCGGUGGAGCAGAGUCAUGCAUUCAUCCUUUGGCAAUUGGGGGCUUUGCUCGUGCGCGAAGCCUAGCUAUAGACUUCAAUAAUGACCCAGAAAAGGCAUCGAGACCCUUUGAUGCGGAUCGUAAAGGUUUUGUGGUCGGCGAAGGUGCGGCGAUAGAGCUGGAGCAUGCAAAGGCUCGAGGUGCUCGCAUCUAUGCAGAGCUAAAGGGCUACGGCUGCUCGGGCGAUGCGCACCAUAUGACCUCACCCAAAGAAAACGGCGAAGGGGCGUUUAUGGCCAUGAGAAAAGCUUUAAAAAGUGCACAACUUCCGCCAUCCGCAGUGGACUAUGUCAACGCGCAUGCUACCUCAACUGUCGUUGGAGAUGCCGCCGAAAAUGCUGCGAUUAAAUCACUUCUUCUUGGACCAGGAGGCAAGCAGAGAGCUGCAGAUGUGAAUAUCAGCAGUACUAAGGGUGCCGUGGGUCAUCUUCUUGGAGGCGCAGGUGCAGUUGAAGCUGUAUUCAGCGUUCUCGCCAUUCAAGAGAACGUGAUGCCUCCGACCAUCAACCUGGAACGUCUUGCCGAUGGAUUCGACUGCAAUUAUGUACCGAACCAUGCGCAGGAACGGCAGGUUAAUGUGGCUCUGACGAAUAGUUUUGGAUUUGGGGGGACAAAUAGUAGUCUCUGCUUCUCAAGAUACACCUAG